CAAUCUUGAACCUGAUCGUAUUGCAUUUCCCAUUCAAGAAGCAACCUGUCCACUUUUUCUUCAACCCCUCUUCACGCCAUCCUCUUCAACUUCCGACGCGACGGUGUCCCAGAACUGAAUCCCCGUUACUUUCGGCGCAAGUGGCGUUGGCCUGGGUCUUCCGCUGACCAGUGGCCGCCGUCGUAACCAUGGCCGAGGAAGACGAACUAUACUACCUUCAACCGGGUUUCGACCUGAGCAGCCUCACUAUCCCCCGCAUCCGUUCAAUCCUCGUCGCGCAAAAUGUGCACUACCCGUCUUCGGCAAAGAAAGGGCAACUGCUAGAAAUCUUGGAACAAGAGGUCUUACCACAGAGGGAAAAGCUACUCCGGGCGCAAGCUAGAGUCCGGCGCACAAGCAAAGGCAUAACGGAUGUGCCCAGCAGUCAAGAAGGGACAAUUGACGGUGACGAUGAGGACGACAAGCAAUUGAUGCCGCCUCCCCCACCUCCGAAAACACCGCGAGGCAGGAAAAGCAAGUCAGACCUCACCGCCGCAUCGGCUCCGUCGACUUCUAAGCGAACCAAGACUCCCAGCAGGAAAAGCGCGACCAGAACACCCCGUGCAUCUGACACUGAACCAGAGGCGGAGAGGUCGACCGUCCGCAGAUCGCGAAAGAGCGCCCCCUCCGAAGCCGUCCUGGAACAUUCCAUUAAGAUCGAACAACCAGACGGCAGAUCAAAGAGGAAAUCGGCCGAAGCUGAAGCAAGCCCCUUCUCCGACGACAAUCCGUUUCAGUCAGGGUCCAGCCCGUCGUCGGCCUCGCAUAAUCGCAAGACGUCGACGUCUCGGUCACGAAAGUCGUUGACAUCAACCAGUACCGUCAAACGCCGGCAGACAACUUCGCCUCCGAUCAAAUCAGAAGAGUUUUCUCCGUCGAGCUCCAAGGUCUUGUUUCCGGUCUCUCGGAUCACCUCUGCCGAUGCGGAAGACAGAGUCGCUGUUACAGAAGAGUUUACGCCCGACGCAGCGCGUGAACUUGCGGAAGAAGAGAGGAACGGACAACUGGUCCCGAACCGAACCUCGACACUUGUAAGAAGGAAAAAGAAGAAGGAAACGAACGUGAUGGUGAAAAAUGCACCCUUAGCUGUCAUCACGACCGUGCUUGCUGCUCUGGGAGCAUGGUACAGGCAGGAGAAGAUCAAUAUCGGUUACUGUGGGGUAGGGGAACCGAACUGGUCAUUGGCUUCCAACCCACACAUUCCCACUUGGGUGCACGAGAACCUCCAGCCAAAGUGCGAGCCUUGUCCGCAACAUGCAGUCUGCUACCCGAACAUGGAAGUAGAAUGUGAGAGCGACUUUGUGCUCAAGCCUCAUCCUCUAAGCUUAAACGGCUUGGUGCCGCUGCCACCGACGUGUGAACCAGACAGCGAAAAGCAGAGGAGAAUCAAGGCUGUGGCAGACCGAGCCAUUGAGGAGCUUCGUGAGAGGCGAGCAAGCUAUGAGUGUGGAGGAGAUGUAACCAGCUCAUCAAAUCCCGCUGCACAAGAGACUGAGGCCGUGAAGACGGUAGCAAAAUCCAGCGCGCCAAAGUUGGAGGUUGCGGAAGAGGAGCUCAAGCAAACGGUGUCCAAGAUGCGAAGGAGAGGUAUGACGGAGCAGGAGUUUGAAGAGCUAUGGCGCGGUGCCCUCGGGGACAUCAAGGCGCGAGACGAAGUCGAGGUCACUGAGGAUCGCUCCGGUGUUCCGACACUUGCAGAUCUGGCAGAACACUCCUCUCCUCUUCCUCCCUCGCCAGACUCCCCUUCGCGUGCGCCGUCCGACGAUCCCUUCUUCGAGCGUUUACAGAGAAUCGAAUCCCUAUUGCAAUUCUAAUCUUGAUUGCAUCGGCCUUGAUUUACGGACGCAACAAGAUACUAUCUUACCAACAAGCCACCGCGCAGAUCCCCGGAUUGGUGGCCACCACGUUGGACCGAUUAGCCACGCAAGCCGCUCUACAUCAGGACGGGCGCGCCCCCGAAGCAUUUAUCAGCGUCGGCCAAUUGAGAGAUGACGUGCUGAGGAACGUGUUCAGUGCUUCAGAGCGAGAGCGCGUGUGGCAAAACGUCAGGAAGAUUGUGGAAGGCAAUUCCAAUGUGAGGGCCGCAACUCGCGAAGGAGGAAAGACGGGCGAGUGGAGCCGUGUUUGGGAGUGGAUUGGGCCUCUGGACCUGGCGCCCGGCUUGGAGGGACGGAGGUCAGGCGGGAUGGUUACAGAUGGAAGGACGCCAGAAGGGAGCAGUCGUGGUAAUAGCGUGGCGAAGGCGGACGAAGACUCGAAUCUGGGGGUCCGGCGGUGGGACGAGGGGAGGCCGAUUUAUUGAUUCUUUCCGGGCCAGGUUUGGAAGGAUUCUGUUGCCCUUUCAGUGACAUGGUUUUGGUUUCUGUCUUCUUUUUGUUUCCUGUGCUUGUGAUUAUUUCGAGCAACGGGGCAAAGACUUUGGACCUGCUCCGCCUUGCACAUGAUACUUUUUAAGGAUAUAGCGCACACGGCCCGUGUACUAUUAAUGAGUGGACUGAUGAGGAUUUUUUGUGUCUCGAUACUAUCUUCUACAAGACCGACAUUGCCCUGUAUAGUCUCAUGGUUUGAACAGUCAGCUAGUGCCUGUGUCGGUUACUUGAUACCUCUGGGCGUUGUGCAUCUGGGCUAAAACC